GCUAGGUUGGAAGUGAACCACAAUGGCUGCUGUCGACUCAGAUGAUCCUCCAAACCCAAGCUGCAAAAUCAUGACUUUUAGGCCUUCAAUGGAUGAAUUCAGGGACUUCAACAAAUACGUGGUAUACAUGGAAUCACAAGGUGCACAUAGGGCUGGUGUUGCAAAGGUUAUCCCACCGAAGGAGUGGAAGCCAAGAAAACAUUAUGAUGACAUUGAAGAUAUGGUGAUUCCUGCUCCAAUCCAACAGGUGGUCACUGGCCAUUCGGGGGUUUUCAUACAGUACAGCAUCCAGAAAAAGCCAAUGACAGUGAAGGAGUUCAAGCAGCUAGCCAACAGUGUCAGAUACCACACCCCAAAACACAGAGAUUAUGAAGAUCUGGAGCGUAAAUACUGGAAGAAUUUGACUUUUGUGGCACCAGUUUAUGGAGCAGAUGUCAGUGGGAGCCUUUAUGAUGAAGGUGUUGAUGAAUGGAACAUUGCCCAUCUUAAUACAAUAUUGGAUGUUGUAGAAGAAGAGUGUGGAAUUUCUAUUGAGGGUGUAAAUACACCAUAUCUGUAUUUUGGCAUGUGGAAAACAACAUUUGCAUGGCACGUUGAAGACAUGGAUCUCUACAGUAUUAAUUAUAUCCAUUUCGGGGAGCCAAAGUCAUGGUUUGCUAUUCCUCCAGAGCAUGGCAAGCGGUUUGAAAGACUAGCUCAAGGGUUCUUCUCAAGCAGAUUUCGAGCAUGUGGUGCUUUUCUUCGCCACAAGAUGGCACUAAUUUCUCCAUCAGUAUUGAAAAAGUAUGGAAUUCCUUUUGACAAGGUUAUACAAGAGGCAGGAGAAUUUAUAAUCACAUUCCCAUAUGGAUACCAUACAGGAUUUAACCAUGGAUUUAAUUGUGCAGAGUCAACAAACUUUGCCACCGUCCGAUGGAUUGAUUAUGGAAAAGCAGCAAAAUUGGUAAGUUGUACUGCAGAAAAUUGA